AUGCAUCGUGGAAUGGAUCGGAUACGACGUUCAUUCCGAGAAUCAUUUCGUCGUCGGGUGUCCAGGAAACAUUCCACUCGUAGAGCUCCAUUCGGACGACAACUCUCACCGAGUAGACCAACAAAUAACUCAGGUUCUAAUAAAGCGGAAUUAUGGCAGCCGGAUGAAAUUGCCGUUCGGAAUGGCACCUGCAAUUUCAACGUUAAGUAUCUUGGCGGUAUCGAAGUGUUUGAAUCGCGUGGUAUGCAAAUUUGUGAGGGAGCUUUGAAAUUAUUGAGGGGACAGCGACGGCGACCAAUUAAAGCAGUCCUGUAUGUUUCCGGUGAUGGUUUGCGCGUUGUAGAUCAGGAAAGUAGUCGUGGCUUGAUAGUUGACCAAACCAUCGAGAAGUUAAAAAGAAAGUGCUGUACUUUUAAAGCUAAUUUUGCAUUUCGGGUAUCGUUUUGUGCACCUGACCGAAGUCAUGACAAGGGUUUUGCUUAUAUUUGUCGAGAUGGAACAUCAAGACGAUGGAUGUGCCAUGGCUUUCAUGCAAUAAAGGAAUCCGGUGAACGAUUAAGUCAUGCUGUGGGUUGUGCGUUUGCAAUUUGCUUGGAAAGGAAGAAAAAGCGCGAUGCGGAAGCUGCUGCUGCGGUGCAAGCAGCUGCGGGUUUGCCACCUCUUGGUUGCGAGAAACCGAGUGUCACUGGUUUUACUUUAGAUGAAAUUACUCAACAAAUACCACCCAUUUCAACUAGCUCAUUCGAACGAAAUAACUAUAAUGGCUCUUUUCGUCGACUAUCAAUAACAGAACGAUUACGCGAUCCACAAACUGCAAUCGUACAACCACCUCCCGCAACUUCAAAUCUGCCGAUGGCAUUACACAUUACGUCGAAACCGCGACCUAUCGGAAAUCCACUACUUCUUGUAAGACAGGGAUCGUUGCGUGCAUCAUCUGCUUCAUCAUCUGACACCAACACCGUCCCUUUUCACCGACAAUUUUCACUUCGAUCAUAUCCGGAUUCUACGAUAAAAAGGCAGCAACAAGUGUCUGCAGCAGUUAUAGGAAAGAGUGAGCCAAUUUUUGAAGAUGACGAAGAUAAAAGUUGGUUUAAUGAUGGUGCGUUAAAUGAAGGAAGCACCUUCAAAAAUGCUCCAUAUUGUCCAGUGAAAUAUAAUGGAUUUAGACAGUCAUUGUCGUAUACAGCUGCUCCAUACACUAGUUCCAGUGAUUUUAGUGGUACUCAAGCAUACAGUUUAGUGAAUUCUCCACUACAAGUUCAAACCAAUUAUCCAUCAAACGUUAGCGGACCGGAAUCCUGGUUAAGUAGUCCUCUUUCAACAUGCCCAUCAACGGUAAAAUCAAAAGCUGAUGAAUGGCUGGAACAAAUACUACGCUCAUCAUUAUCACUAAAUUCACCAUCCAGAAAUACUAGCAAUCUGAGUAGGACAAGCUAUACGACGAAUAAAGAUGAGCCACCGCCAGAUCAUCCACCUCCACCGCUGCCAAAUUCAUCAGCUUUCCACAGUGCAGGUUCAGAGACAGCAAUCCGUUUCAGCGAUGAUUUUUCGCAGUGCGAGCUACCUACUAUAGCCGAAAAUUUCUCGUCUUUGAGCAAGAAAACCGUAGCGAUACGGUCAGCACCAGUAGAAUCCGAAAUUGACAUUUUCGGUCAGCCAGUGUUCAGCGCGUUGCUCUCAAACUCUCAGACAAACCAGAAGCAAGAUAAUCAGAUGAAUGAAUGUAUAAAUAACAGAGAGUCCGAAAAACCGGAUGGAAUUGAUCCAUUUGAUGUUAGAUGGUCUCGUUUAGCCGUAGAUGUUGCUACAAGGUAUCCAGUGACGGUUCGUUCAACCAAUCCAUUUUAUUCAGAAUCAAGCGCGGUGAAAAUUUAACAGCGAUUGAUGUUUUACUUUAUUGUUUCAUCUUUUUCUUCAAAUUUUUAACUGUUAUUGUAAUCACUGAUUUCAUUAAAAUAUCUGUUGUUUCUCUCAAUUUUAUCUCAAUAACGAAAGGAGAAAGAGAAAAAGUGAAGAAGAUAAGUAUUUAAAAGAAGGGAUUACAUCUUCCC